AUGGUUUACAGCGGAGGUAAAGUUCGGGAGAGAGGGAGAGAAAUGCGUCAGCGCGAGGGAGCCGAGUGGCCGCCAUUGCUGAGCCCGGCAGCGGCGGGCUCUGGGGAAGGGGGAGGGACGGGGCCGCCGCCGGUGGCGGGGAGGGAGGGACAGGGUGAGCAGGCUGCUGGGGCCGUGGGGCUCAGGGUUUCGGGGCGUGUGUGUCGGGGAGGGCGGGGAGAGGUGGCUGAAGGGACGCGCCGCUCGGUGAGCGCGCCGUGGAAGAGAGGCGAGCCGAGAGUGGAGGAGGAGGUGGCGGCGGCGGGAGCGCUCCCCAGGAAUGUCCCUGCCGCCGCCACCGCCGGGGCAGCUGCCGUUGAGGAGGAGACGGAGGAGACAGACGUUGAAGAGAGUUAUGAUGACAAAAACAAAGAGCCUCGUCCCCCAUCCUACACUAUCAGUGUAGUUGGACUCUCUGGGACUGAAAAAGACAACGGUAACUGUGGUGUUGGAAAGUCUUGUUUGUGCAAUAGAUUUGUACGCUCAAAAGCAGAUUAAUAUUAUCCAGAGCAUACUUCUGUGCUUAACACCAUUGACUUUGGAGGACGAGUAGUAAACAAUGAUCACUUUUUGUACUGGGGUGACAUAACACAAAAUGGUGAAGAUGGAGUAGAAUGCAAAAUUCAUGUCAUUGAACAAACAGAGUUCAUUGAUGACCAGACUUUCUUGCCUCAUCGGAGUACGAAUUUGCAACCAUAUAUAAAACGUGCAGCUGCAUCUAAAUUGCAGUCAGCAGAAAAACUAAUGUACAUUUGCACUGAUCACUUAGGUUUACAACAAGGCUUUGAACAGAAGCAGAUGUCUGAAGGGAAGCUCAAUAUCUUCCUGUUGUAAAAUGUAGAUGGAUUUUUAUUAUGCAUUGAGGUAAGUCAGGGAUGCAAUAGGAAGUUUGAUGAACAACUUAAGUUUGUGAAUAACCUUUUUGUCCAGUUAUCAAAAUCAAAAAAACCUGUGAUAAUAGCGGCAACUAAAUGUGAUGAAUGUGUGGAUCAUUAUCUUAGAGAAGUUCAGGCAUUUGCUUCAAACAAAAAGAAUCUUCUUGUAGUGGAAACAUCAGCACUAUUUAAUGUCAACACUGAAACAUGUUUCACUGCACUGGUACAAAUGUUGGAUAAAACUCGUAGCAAGCCUAAAGUGAUUCCCUAUUUGGAUGCUUAUGAAACACAGAGACAACUUGUUGUCACAGCAACAGAUAAGUUUGAAAAACUUGUACAGACUGUGAGAGAUUAUCAUGCAACUUGGAAAACUGUUAGUAAUAAAUUAAAAAAUCAUUCUGAUUAUGAAGAAUGCAUCAACUUAGAGGGAACAAGAAAGGCCAGAAAUACAUUCUCUAAACAUAUAGAACAACUUAAACAGGAACACAUGAGAAAAUGGAGAGAAGAGUAUAUAAAUACUUUACCAAGAGCUUUUAACACUCUUUUGCCAAAUCUAGAAGAGAUUGAACAUUUGAAUUGGUCAGAAGCUUUGAAGUUAAUGGAAAAGACAGCAGAUUUCCAGUUAUGUUUUGUGGUGCUAGAAAAAACACCUUGGGAUGAAACCGACCAUAUAGACAAAAUUAAUGAUAGGCGGAUUCCAUUUGACCUCCUGAGCACUUUAGAAGCUGAAAAAGUCUAUCAGAACCAUGUACAACAUCUAAUAUCUGAGAAGAGGAGCGUAGAAAUGAAGGAAAAAUUCAAAAAGACUUUGGAAAAAAUUCAGUUCAUUUCACCUGGGCAGCCAUGGAAGGAAGUUACGUGCUUUGUUAUGGAGGAUGAAGCCUUCAAAUAUAUCACUGAAGCUGAUAGCAAAGAGGUAUAUGGUAGGCAUCAGCGAGAAAUAGUUGAAAAAGCCAAAGAAGACUUUCAAGAAAUGCUUUUUGAGCAUUCCAAACUUUUUUAUGAUUUAGAUCUUAAUGCAACACCUAGUUCAGAUAAAAUGAGUGAAAUACAUACAGUUCUGAGUGAAGAACCUAGAUAUAAAGCUUUACAGAAACUUGCACCUGAUAGAGAAUCUCUUCUUCUUAAGCAUAUAGGAUUUGUUUAUCAUCCCACUAAAGAAACAUGUCUUAGUGGCCAAAAUUGUACUGACAUUAAAGUGGAGCAGUUACUUGCUAGUAGUCUUUUACAGUUGGAUCGUGGCCGCUUAAGAUUAUAUCAUGAUAGUACCAAUAUAGAUAAAGUUAACCUUUUCAUUUUAGGGAAGGAUGGCCUUGCCCAAGAACUAGCAAAUGAGAUAAGGACACAAUCCACUGAUGACGAGUAUGCCUUAGAUGGAAAAAUUUAUGAACUUGAUCUUCGGCCGGUUGAUGCCAAAUCACCUUACUUUUUGAGUCAAUUAUGGACUGCCGCCUUUAAACCACAUGGGUGCUUUUGUGUAUUUAAUUCCAUUGAGUCAUUGAGUUUUAUUGGGGAAUUUAUUGGGAAAAUAAGAACGGAAGCUUCUCAGAUCAGAAAAGAUAAAUACAUAGCUAAUCUUCCAUUUACAUUAAUUCUGCCUAAUCAGAGAGAUUCCAUUAGUAAGAAUCUACCAAUUCUCAGGCACCAAGGGCAGCAGCUGGCAAACAAGUUACAAUGUCCUUUUGUAGAUGUACCUACUGGUACAUAUCCUCGUAAAUUUAAUGAAACUCAAAUAAAGCAAGCUCUAAGAGGAGUACUGGAAUCAGUUAAACACAAUUUGGAUGUGGUGAGCCCAGUUCCUGCCAAUAAGGACAUAUCAGAAGCUGACUUGAGAAUUGUCAUGUGUGCCAUGUGUGGAGAUCCAUUUAGUGUGGAUCUUAUUCUUUCACCCUUCCUUGAUUCUCAUUCUUGCAGUGCUGCUCAAGCUGGACAGAAUAAUCCCCUAAUGUUUGAUAAAAUCAUUGGUCAAAAAAGGAGACAAAGGGGCCGGGCACAAAUAUAGAUAACAAUAUUAUCAUACCACUCUUCAAUUGGAGUAAGAAAAGAUGAACUAGUUCAUGGGUAUAUAUUAGUUUACUCUGCAAAAUGGAAAGCAUCACUGGGAAUGCUUCGAGCAUUUCCAUCGGAAGUUCAAGACACCAUUCCUGUACAGCUGGUGGCAGUUACUGACAGCCAAGCAGAUUUUUUUGAAAAUGAGGCUAUCAAAGAGUUAAUGACCGAAGGAGAACACAUUGCCACUGAGAUCACUGCUAAAUUUACAGCAUUGUAUUCUUUAUCUCAGUAUCAUAGGCAAGCUGAGGUCUUUACUCUGUUUUUUAAUGAUGUUCUAGAGAAAAAAGUGAUAGAAAAUUCUUACUUGUCUGAUAACACAAGGGAUUCAACCCAUCAAAGUGAAGAUGUUUUUCUACCAUCUCCCAGAGAUUGUUUUCCCUAUAACAACUACCCUGAUUCAUCAGAUGAUGACACAGAAGCACCACCUCCUUAUAGUCCAAUUGGGGAUGAUGUACAGUUGCUUCCAAUGUCUAGUGACUGUUCCAGAUAUAAAUUAGAUUUGGAAGGAAAUGAAUAUCCUAUUUAUAGUACCCCAAACUGUCAUGACCAUGAAUGCAACCAUAAAGUGCCUCCACCUAUUAAACCUAAACCAGUUGUACCUAAGACAAAUGUGAAAAAACUGGAUCCAAACCUUUUAAAAACAAUUGAAGCUGGUAUUGGUAAAAACCCAAGAAAGCAGACUUCCCGGGUGCCUUUGGCACAUCCUAGAGAUAUGGAUCCUUCAGAUAACUUUGCGGAACUCAUUGAUACAAUUUUCAAACAGAAGGGCUAUUCUGAUGAGAUUUAUGUUGUCCCAGAUGAUAGUCAAAAUCGUAUUAAAAUUUAAAACUCAUUUGUAAAUAACACUCAAGGAGAUGAAGAAAAUAGAUUUUCUGAUAGACCUCAAAAAGUCAUGGGGAACGGAGGCCUUCAAAAUACAAAUAUAAAUCUAAAACCUUAUUUAAUAAAGCCAAGUCAUACUAUAGAAGAACACAUUCAGAUGCAAGUGAUGAUGAGGCUUUCACCACUUCUAACAAAAAGAAAAGGGAGACAUUGUGGAAAUGAAGAAGAUCCACUUCUUUCUCCUGUUGAAACUUGGAAAGGUGGCAUUUAUAAUCCUGCAAUCACUUCUGACCAGGAGUUAGAUGAUAAGAAGAUAAAGAAGAAAACCAAGAACUUCAAUCCACCAAAACGUAGAAAUUGGGAAAGUAAUUACUUUGGGAUGCCCCUCCAGGAUCUGGUUACAGCUGAGAAGCCUGUACCACUACUUGUUGAGAAAUGCGUGGAAUUUAUUGAAGAUACAGGGUUAUGUACCGAAGGACUCUACCAUGUUAGCGGGAACAAAACUGACUAAGACAAUAUUCAAAAGCCGUUUGAUCAGGAUCAUAAUAUCAAUCUGUUGUCAAUGGAAGUAACAGUAAAUGCUGUAGCUGGAGCUCUUAAAGCUUUCUUUGCAGAUCUGCCAGAUCCUUUAAUUCCAUAUUCUUUUCAUCCAGAGCUAUUGGAAGCAGCAAAAAUCCUGGAUAAAACAGAACAUCUUCAUGCCUUGAAAGAAAUUGUUAUGAAAUUUCAUCCUGUAAACUAUGAUGUAUUCAGAUACGUGAUAACACAUCUAAACAGGGUUAGUCCGCAAAAUAAAAUCAACCUAAUGACAGCAGACAACUUAUCCAUCUGUUUUUGGCCAACCUUGAUGAGACCUGAUUUUGAAAAUAGAGAGUUUCUGUCUACUACUAAGAUUCAUCAGUCUGUUGUUGAAACAUUCAUUCAACAGUGUCAGUUUUUCUUUUACAGUGGAGAAACUGUAGAAACAACCAACAUUGUGGCUCCACCACCACCUUCGAAUCCAGGACAGUUGGUGGAACCAGUGGUACCACUUCAGUUGCCGCCACCAUUGCAACCUCAACUGAUACAACCACAAUUACAAACGGAUCCUCUUGGUAUUAUAUGAGUAGGAAUUGAUUGCAAACAGGCUGGAUUUGGACAAAACGCAAAUCUAGACAUGCAUGUUUCAGGGUUCAAGUAAUAUACUUUAUGUUUCAUACAGAUAAUUCAUAUUCAAAAUGAUGACAUUUUCUCUUUGAACUAGAUGGUAUUCCUUAUUCACUUACAUUACAAAUCUAAGAACAUGUGAUAUGCAUGACUGGAGAGGUUUAAUUUUUAUAAACAAAAAUAGCUAUAAAAUACAAAGCUGCUGCUGCAUGCAACCUUAUUGCAAUCAGUAUAUCAUUCCUGUGGCAAUUUCUGUCACAUUAUGUUGUGAAUAAAAUUUUUCUAUA